UACGUGCACUUGACCACAAAGACAAUUCUUACUGUUCUUGCAUGUUCUGAGAUACGCACGGUUCACACGUUUUAGAAGAUUCCGUUACAGUUAAUACCAAGUAUGAUGCAAGCAGUAUCAAUUGUUAUUUUUGUCAUGGGUGCUGUGACAAACUUGUCAGCUUAUCCAGCAAGAAAUUCAACAGUAACAGAGUCAUCACCAAAAAUUGCUGUCCAAGUACAAUGCUCACCACUUGACCGCAAGUGUUUAUCCAGAGGACAGAUUCCGCAUGCAGAUGGAAAAUGCUACACGCCUUUGGAACGGGGCCCUUGCCCUAAGAACCAAAUCAUCGUAAUUGAUGUGAACGGAGGUCCAGCGCUAAGAGGAAGUUGCAGGGCUCAGCAGUGCACUUCUGGGCUCGUGCCCUUCACAAAUGGACGCUGCUUAGGGCUUAAAAUCGCACGGGUGUUGCUGUGCUCGGGA